AAUUUGUAUCUGGCAACCCUGACCGGGGAGCCGACGAGCACAACAAUGGCAUACUAUGGGCCUGGGAUGUUCCUCUUUUCCAAGUGUUCUCGCCGGGUCUUAAGCAUUAAUUCUAGCCGCAAGUUGUCAGGUAGUGUGAAGCGAUGCAGCUCGCAAGCCAAAGUGGGGUUUAUUGGACUAGGAAACAUGGGGGGACCAAUGGCUUCCAAUCUAGUAAAGAAGGGUCAUAGUGUUGUGGCAUAUGAUGUUAAUCCUAAGGCUAUGGAAAAUAUUGAGGAUGCAGGUGCAAGGAUUGCUGCUACUCCAGCUGAGGUGGCCAGUAAAGUGGAUAGUAUCAUCACCAUGCUGCCUAAUUCACAGCAUGUAAUAUCAUGCUAUACUGGAGAAAAGGGAGUUUUUGAAGCAGUGCAGCCUGGGACACUUAUUUUGGACAGCAGCACCAUUGAUCCCAGUGUGUCUAAAGAGAUGGCCAGCUUAGCUCUGAAGAAAGGUGCUGUUUUCAUGGAUUCCCCCGUGUCUGGAGGUGUGAAUGCUGCCAAGGCUGGAACUCUGACAUUCAUGGUUGGAGGAGAUGAAAAGGAGUUUGAGGCAGCAAAAGGACUGCUGUCUGCCAUGGGUCAAAAUGUUGUUUAUUGUGGUGGUGUUGGAAAUGGACAAGCUGUCAAGAUCUGUAAUAACAUGCUAUUAGCCAUCUCCAUGAUUGGCACUGCUGAAACCAUGAACUUAGGGAUGAGGUUAGGGCUGGAGCCCAAGUUGAUGGCCAGUAUCAUUAACACAGCCACUGGAAGGUGCUGGUCAAGUGAACUAUACAAUCCAGUCCCUGGUGUACUGCAAAAUGUUCCCUCCUCCAACAACUAUGAG